AUGGCUGCGGAUAGAAGAAAAAGGCUCUCGGAAUACGCGGAGGAGCAUUCGAGGAGAAGGUCGUCUAGUGGCAUAUCAUUUGUGCACCCUGGCAGCUCUCGCUCGAGGCAAAGCAUUACGCAACCGGGCAAUGACCGACCCAUGUUUGUCACCUCGACCACCUUGAACAGUCCUCCUACGCAAAGAGCUACAGAGCGAGCCUUACCUCGACGGCCGAGUUUAGACUCUUUGCCAAAUCGAGGAAGUCGAGAAAUCACUCUUCCCCAGUGGGAGCCCGAUGCUGGGGUGUCCAAAUGCCCAAUUUGCGGAACGACUUUUAGCUUUUGGUAUAGAAAACAUCAUUGCAGGAAGUGUGGAAGGGUGGUGUGCGCGAAUUGCUCUCCUCAUCGGAUCACGAUACCUCGACAAUUCAUCGUCCAUCCACCCGAAGAUGCUACCCCGAGCCCAAGCACUGCAAACAACGCUGGGGUUGAGGUUGUUGAUCUUACUAGCGAUGACGAUACUCCUGGAGAGGUGGUGAACCUUGAAGAACGCCCGCAGAGUUCAGAGUACAGGAUUGACCCUGCUCUCGGUGGUGGCCAAGAAGUUAGAUUAUGCAACCCCUGCGUGCCAGAUCCAAAUCCCUUGCCUCAUCUUCCAUAUCUCUCGACGGCCCGUCAUACCUUCGAUUCCUUUCCCACACCAGAUAAUACAGGCCCAAAUCAGCAAUUACCUACAAUACCAUGCUUCUCAUCUUCAGGAGACGACCAAGUGCCGACGCUGAGUAGAACAGUGUCCUCAGGCCGCUCUGAAUACCGGUCAAACAAUGCUUCCAGGUUUGAUGGCAUCGCACCUCUUGCAGCACUCACACCUCCUACCCCGGGCUCAUCUACAAAUAGACGCCACAGUCAUGCAUCACGACUGGUGGGAUCUCCCAUGUCUCUGCCAGGAUAUUCCUCGGUAUACGGCUCAGCGCCUGAUCAAACAGCGCAUCAGCGCCAUCUUGCAUCGCUCCUUCAAAACCGUCCCCACCAUCGUCACCAUGCAUCACUGGGCCCUAUCCCAUCAUCAUCCCGCUAUCGCCCUCUCCCUGACUUGGACAUGGCGAGUUCGCGACCCGCUCCCAGGCCUCAACUGCGUGAAGAAGACGAAUGUCCAAUCUGCCAUCAAGCUCUGCCGCCUAAGGGUCCCGAUGGUUCUGAAGCUGAGCGUGAAGGUCAUGUAGAAUUGUGCAUUGCAACUCACUUCUCCUCCUCUGGGCCUCGAUCAUCUCACCCACCAGCCUCAGUAGCGACAGCAGCAGCCGUAGUCGCAAGUGCAGCUACGCCUUCACAAGCUGCUGGCUCACGGCCAAUCUCUACCGGGCACCGAGAGUCAUCCGGAUCAUCUGAUAUGCCAUCCUCAUCGUUUCAACAAAGAAUGCGGACGCCAGGCAUGUUUGUCUAUCAUGCGAGUGAAAAGGACUGUGUUGGGCAAGAUGGUGAAGGAGUGCAGGAGUGUGUGAUUUGCUUCGAGGAAUUUGCGGUUGGCGAUGAGAUGGGGAGGUUGGUGUGUUUGUGUAAGUUUCACAGGACAUGGCCGUUUGCUAUGUAA